AGCGAGAGGGAGGGAAAGAUAGAUAGAUAGAUAUGGACAGUGAUUGAGAGAGAAAGAGCGUAUGAUUGACAAUCUGGCCUGUCCAGGGAUGGACCAGUAAAGAAGUGUACUGGGAUGGUUUAUAUAGCGGUGGGUGUGAGCACGUUGUACUCACUUCACACCGCGGCGCUCUGCUCAGCCUGACGCUCUUCACUCCACUGCGAUAGAGCAGGAGGCAUUAGCUCUACCACAAGAUCUGCUUACAAAUACACACAUCAAAAAUCGUGAUUUUAGUGUAACGAAUCCCGUUGUAGCCCUUCGUCUAUCACGUUUCAACCAUUUUAGGUUGAACAAAUCUGUUGUUGUUGUUGAACAGUGGUUGAUCAGCAGCGGGAAGCCAUGCACUGCCAAGCCGAGUUAAGGCUCGCCUCCCUCGGGCAGCUGAAGGCGGCGAGGAGGCGCUACAAAACUUUCAUGAUCGACGAGAUACUCUCCAAGGAAACGUGUGAUUAUUUUGAGAAACUUUCUCUAUACUCGGCCUGUCCGUCGCUGAUCGUUCGACCGAAGCCUCUCCACUCGUGUUCGGGCCCGUCCUCACUGCGCUCCUACCCGCUCCUCUCCGUGAUCACACGGCAGCCCCCCAGCGUACCCACCCACCUCGCCCAGCCCCAGCCCCCGUCCCCGGGCCGGGUGUCCCAGCACCUGCCGCUGCUCUCCGGCGGCAGCCCCCACCCCCAUCAGCCACACAUCCACCACCACCGCCCGCCGCGGGGCUCCGACUCCUCGCCCAGCCAGACGCCCGUCAGCAUCAGCAGCGAGUCGGACACGGAGCACGGCGGUCCGCGCCUCAAGAAGCCGCGCCGCAGCCGCACCAUCUUCACCGAGCUGCAGCUCAUGGGCCUGGAGAAGAAGUUCCAGAAGCAGAAGUACCUCUCCACGCCCGACAGGUUAGACCUGGCUCAAUCGCUUGGCCUCACGCAGCUCCAGGUUAAGACGUGGUACCAGAACAGACGCAUGAAGUGGAAGAAAAUGGUGCUGAAAGGAGGUCACGAGGCGCCCACCAAGCCCAAGGGACGUCCCAAGAAGAACUCUAUCCCCACCACGGAGGAGAUCGAGGCGGAGGAGCGGCGCGUGAGGCUGGAGCAGGGGGAGAGGAUGAGGAGGGCGGCCGGGGACGCUGCCCUGGCCUGCGGUGGAGGGGAGGGAGACGGGGACGGGGGGAGGGGAGGAGAUGAGGCCCAGCAGGAACCUCAGGACCUGAGCAUGGUGGUCGUGGGGUCAGGCCCUUCGACGGGGCCGGCUGCGGCGGAGGAGAAGGACGUCCACAGUCUAGCCCUCGGGAUGCAGGUCGUGGAGCACCAUGAGUCCCCCCUCCCCAUGCAGCCGGGCAGCCCCUUAGCAAGCUAAGCCCCCGACACAGCCACCUAAGACUGAGACGAUCAGCUGAACAGAUACACACACACACACACACACACACACACAGGCUCACACACACACACUAGUGCCUAAGGAUCACCAUCAGCGAUCAAAGAGCGGUCUGGUGUUGAGACAUUUGUCGUGGGGUGUCGAAUGGAAACAUUUUGGAGGCAUUUAAGCUUGCUCCAUCGUGUUGCUGUGUUCUUUGUGUUACUGAUGUGCACGGCCUUCAAGAAAGAAAAGAAUAACAACCUAACACAAAAUGCUGUUUUCAUUUAGUUUCCGAGGCUAUGGGGUACUUUUACAGCAAAGUGACUACAGAGGCCAACACGAAAAGCUACGAAACAAUAUUUAUCAUUUUAGAGAUUUAGUAAGUGUCUAAACAGUUGUGACAGCUGUCCGUCCCGAGAUCAGCCUCACAUAGGGAAUGGGCCUAGCAUAUAAAGGUACACAUAACUUCCCUUCCUAUUGUGUAUUAUGUACAGAUAUCUGUUUUCUGCCAAAGAAUGAUAUUAAUAAAUGGCUUAAGUGCCUUGUCUGUCUCAGAGGAAAGCUUUCAGAAACCAAAAACCCAAGUCUAUUUUUACAGUAUUUCACACAUUUUCAGAUGAAUACGAGUACAGUGGAACUUUUUUGGGAAAUCUUUUUGCUCCAGUGAGACAUGUUUAUUUUAAAAUUUAUUUUGCAUUUUGUAUAUAUUUUUUAAAAGUAAAACCAAGAAAAAUGUAUUAUCUCAACGUAAUGCACUGUAUAAAAUGGAAUACCUUCAAACCAAAAAUAAUGGUCUUUAGGAUAAUUGUUUAAAACUCGAUUUUUUUUCCAACUGUGGUUUUUAAAACAAUUGAAAAACGAGUGUAUGUUGUGCUUGUUCACCCGUAUGUAUUUUAUAAGGGAUGGGGUGUGUUAUGAUUGGUGGUACAGAAUUACUAUAUUGCCACGAGCAAAGAUUCUGAAGCUGUCAGCGGUUCCAAGGGGAAUCAAUCACUGACUGUGCCAAAGACAGAUGGAAACUGCUGAACAUUUAAAAUCUUUUUAAAAUGAUUGUCAGCCUGUGGGCUUUUAAUAAGUGCUCCAUAUUAAUACGCCAGACUUUUAUCAACAAAAAACGAUGGAUGGAAGGGUGGGCCUUCCAUUAAGUGCUUUUAGUUCGACAUCAAUUUCUAGUCGCUCCCAAAAACUAACUGAAAAGGUUUAUUGCAAUUACAAACUGUUUUUCGCUUAUGAAUAUACAAUUUGCAUCGGCGGUUCUUUUAUAUAAAAAGUGCAGUAUUUUUUUUUAUGUAGAUUGUUUAUUAAGCUUGUGUGGCAUUUUGUUUUUGUGUUGAGUAAAUGGUAUUUUGACAACAAAUGUGUGUUUUACAUAUUUAAACACCUAAUAAAAUGACAAUCAUUUUGCUUUCGA